GUACCAAACAGUAACCCACUGACAUUUGCUUACAGGCGCAAGUAUGGCGGAUGUAAACAUCAUUCGUUUCCCUUCUCGUGUCGCAAAAGAAAAGUUGGCAUAGUAAACAUAAAGUGCGCUGUUCUCUGACCUCGCGAUGCAUAAAGGAGGUGUUCGUUAUGGCCUAGGCGGAGGCAGCGGUGGAAGGCGUGGUAGUGGUGAUGGCCGCCGUGGGGGACGGGGCAGGCAUCCAUCAGGGCUGAGUGGAAAAGACAUUGGUUUGUGGUACGCAUCUAAAAGCAAAGAGAAGAAGAAAAAGAGAGAACUGGAUGAGCGGGCAGUUGUCACUAUGAGCAAACAAAAAGAACAGAAUAUUGGCAGAUUGCUGGAUGACUUACAACAAUGGAACUCCAAUUCUGACACAUGUAACUACUCAUCAGACCAUCCAAAUAAUAUGGCUAAGGUUGAUCUGAAGGGAUUUUCAAGAACUAUUGGAAACAAUUCUCAGAGACAUGAUAAACACCAUGAUAGAGAAUUCAAGCAUCAUAAUAAUUAUGAUAACUUUGAUGAGAGGCAGACACCAAGAAGAUCACAGUGGCAUGAUGAUGCUGUUGAAGGCCCAAGUGCUUUAGCUGUUAACGACUGCAGAGGCACAUUUUCUACAGUAAAAAUUGUUAAUAAACUCUAUGAUAAAAGUUUUGGUGCUAGUGAUAGUGUCAUGGAUCUGUUUGAUGAUGAGAUUGGGAAUGAAAUAACUGCAGGUUCUGACUCUGCUUUAUUCAAUUCUGGUGAUAAUAACUUUUAUACUAAUGAUGAUGCAAUGGAAGGGGAUGUUUUGUGUGAGCUUGAUGAGAUUAUCGGAAGCUUGCAAGCAGGGCCAGCCCAACCCUCACCGCGCCAAGACUUUUCUCCUCUUGGGAAGGAUGUCAAACUUGAUGAGGAAUUUCUGAAAGACCUGAAAUUGAUGAGGGAUUCCAGCACUGGGUACAACGAAAUGCAGAAAUUCAGAGAAAAACUACCAUCAUAUCAAAUGAAAAAGGAAAUUCUAGGUCUGAUUUCCACGAAUCAAGUGGUAGUAAUCAGUGGCGAAACAGGAUGUGGAAAAACAACUCAGGUUGCCCAAUUUAUUCUUGAUGAUGCCAUUCAGUGUGGGAAUGGUUCCCUUUGCAGAAUUGCUUGCACACAGCCGAGGAGAAUAAGUGCUAUAUCUGUUGCAGAACGUGUGGCUAUUGAGAGAGGUGAGCAGUGUGGUGGUGGAAGUGUUGGAUACCAGAUUCGACUGGAAAGCAGGCUUCCACGGAGCAGAGGGUCCAUCAUCUACUGCACAACUGGCGUAUUGCAGAGAUGGCUGGUGUCAGACCCAUUUUUGAAGAGCACAAGCCAUGUUAUAAUUGAUGAGAUCCAUGAACGAGACCUGAUGUCAGAUUUUCUACUGAUCAUCAUCAGAGACUUGCUGCCUAGACGGCCUGACCUUAAAUUGGUUUUGAUGAGUGCAACGUUGAAUGCAGAGAUUUUCUCUACCUAUUUUGGUAAAUGCCCAAUGCUGCACAUUCCUGGAUUUACAUAUCCUGUCAAAGAGUUCUAUAUUGAAGAAAUCAUUGAAAUGACAAGAUACCAGGUUACUCGAUCCGGUCGUAGUAGCUUUGGGAACAGAAGAGGGAGAGGAGGGCAUGGCCCCAAGUGGCAAAAGUACACUAGAAGGAAAAGCCCAUACAAGGACCGAAGAGCCCAGAAGAUAGGAAUAGGUGAUGAGGCAGAGGAAGAGGAAGAGGAGGUCAAAUGGAGGAAUUACAUUGGCUCAAUAAGAAAUAGGUUUCAUGGAUCAACCAUUGAAACAAUGGAGAACAUGGACCUGGACCAGAUAGACUUUGACCUUGCAGUCAAGCUUAUCAAGUACAUCUGCCUGAACAUGGAGGCAGGUGCUAUUCUAGUGUUCAUGCCUGGCUGGGAAGACAUCAGCAAACUGCAUGAGAACUUGAAGAGGACUUUACCAUCAGAUAAAUGCCUUCUAAUUCCACUGCAUUCUCUAAUGCCGACAGCCAACCAGCGACAGGUUUUUGACCGCCCUCCACUUGGGGUGAGAAAGAUUGUGAUUGCUACAAACAUCGCAGAGACCAGCAUUACCAUUGAUGAUGUUGUCUUUGUUGUUGACUGUGGCAAGGUGAAAGAAAAGUCAUAUGAUGCAAGUCGUAAGAUCUCCUGUCUGAUGCCUGUGUGGAUCAGCACCGCAUCAUCACGGCAGAGGCGAGGAAGGGCUGGCAGGGUACAGCCUGGCUACUGUUUCCAUCUCUUCACUCAGCUGCAGGCGCAGUCUUUUAUUGACUACCAGCUGCCAGAGAUGCUACGCACCCCUCUUGAAGAGCUGUGUCUACAGAUAAAGAUUUUGAAGCUUGGAAUGGUCAGGGAAUUUUUGUCUAAAGCCUUACAGCCCCCCGAGCCACUUGCUGUGCAAAACGCCUUAGAUGUCCUUGCACAACUUAAUGCUCUAGACACCAAAGAGAACCUGACACCUCUGGGUUAUCACUUGGCCUCACUUCCUGUCGACCCCCGCAUCGGCAAGAUGAUCCUGUUUGGCGCCAUUUUAUCCUGCCUGGACCCCGUGCUGACUGUUGCCUCUACACUUGGUUUCAGGGAGCCUUUUGUCUAUCCCCUGGAUAAGAAGAAACUUGCUGACAAAGUUAGGACACGGCUUGCUGGCGACUCGCAUAGCGACCACAUUGCUGUGCUCAACGCCUACAGGGGCUGGGAAGCCGCAAGCCGCCACGGGAACGCAUCUACCUACUGCUGGGAGAACUUUUUAUCCACACAGACGUUAAAGAUGCUAAGCAACAUGAAGUGUCAGUUUGCUCGCCUGUUAUAUGACAGCGGAUUCCUGAAGUCUUCCGAUCCUAAGGAACCAUCUGCCAAUCACAACGCAGACAAUAUAAAGCUUGUGAAGGCCAUCCUUUGUGCAGGGUUGUACCCUAACGUGGCCAGAAUAGAGCACCACGACAAACUCAAACGACCGCCUCGCCUUUUUACCCAGGAAGAUGGCAAAGUCGCGCUUCACCCGAAAUCAGUCAACGUGGAAGUAACAGCAUUCCAAAAUGACUGGUUGAUCUACCACCAAAAAAUCAAGUCAUCAAAGGUGUUUAUUCACGACUCCACCGUGAUCGCUCCGUUCCCUCUGCUGUUCUUUGGAGGCAGCAUCUCGAUGCACGUUGAGCAAGGUCACGGUCAAGGUCACGAGACCAUCGCCGUCGAUAACUUUAUCAAGUUCAGGUCACCCAAGAGGAUAGCGAACCUAGUCAAGGAUCUGCGCCGGGAACUGGAUACCCUGCUCGAGCGGAAGAUAUCCCAGCCUUCACUCAAAUUGUCCGCCGGGCAGGACAGCUGUCCGGGGUCCGCACUUCUUACAGCCAUCAUCGAGCUCAUAACAAGCGAGGAAAGCGUCAACUGGAAAAGAAGAAGAGCGGUGGAGCAAAUGGAGCACGAAAGAAGACAAAGAAGAUAAUUCGAUACUCACUGUUGAAAUAAACUGUAAAUGAAAAUAAACAAACUUUUAUUAUUA